AUGUCGCAGCAAUUGACCUAUGCCGAGGUGCAAAAGCACUCAACUAAGAAAGAUCUCUACCUGGUCAUCCAUGAUAAGGUCUACAAUACCUCAUCGUUUGUUGAUGAGCAUCCUGGUGGUGAAGAAGUUCUACUAGACGUUGGCGGUCAAGACGCAACCGAGGCCUUUGAAGAUGUUGGUCACUCCGAUGAAGCUCGCGAGAUCCUCGACGGUCUAUUGGUCGGAACACUGAAGCGUGUCGCUGGUGACCCUGCUCCCAAGGCUGCUGGCACUGACAAGAUCGCUGCUGGUCCUGGAAAGAGUGGCGCUGACACUAGCUCUGGAAUUCUCCUCUACGCCGUCCUCGUCGUUGGAGCCGCCGUUGCAUACCUCGCUUACGGUUACGUCCAAGGUCAAAGUGAAGGUGCAAAAUAG